AUGAAUCCUCACCGUCUAGCUCAGCUGCUGGGACUCGAGCAGAAUGCAUAUUCAUUCCGGUAUAACCAGACUCCCAAGUUGAAGGAUGCACUCGAAAAAGCUGGCCGCGAUUUCCGGUCCGAUGUGGUCACCGUUCCAACCGAGGGAAUGAUGCAGGCAAUCAUAGAAGCUUCCGUUGGAGACGAUAUCUACGACCCGGAGGGUGAUGCCUCUGUGAAUACCCUGCAGAACAAGCUCGUUGAGCUGAGCGGCAAAGAGGCUGCUCUAUGGACACUCUCUGGGACCAUGGGGAAUCAGAUAUGCCUGCGAACUCAUCUCACUCAGCCUCCGCAUACGGUCCUUCUCGAUCAUCGAGCGCAUGUCCAAUGCUGGGAGUCUGGUGCACUUCCUGUCUUUUCUCAGGCGGCAGUAACCCAAGUCCACCCUCAGAAUGGGGUUCAUCUCACACUCGAGGAUGUGAAAAGGAAUAUCAUCGCAGACGGGAAUAUCCACUUCCCACCGACUCGCGUGGUUUCCUUGGAGAAUACCCUCAGCGGCACGAUUCUUCCCCUCAAAGAUGCAAAGGAGAUAUCGGAGUUUGUACGCAGCUUUCCCGUUUCGGCUGAUCAGAGGCCCAUCGCCAUGCAUCUGGAUGGGGCACGACUCUUUGAUGCCGUAGUGGCAGAAGGAGUGGAUCUCAAAGAGUAUUGUGCCUGCUUUGACUCGAUCAGCUUUUGCCUCGCAAAAGGUGUCGGUGCCCCCAUGGGCAGUGUUAUCGUUGGAAACAAGAGAUUCAUCGAGAGGGCGAAAUGGUUUCGGAAGAUGUUUGGUGGUGGUACUCGCCAGCCCGGUAUGAUGGCUGCUGCUGCCUCUGCUGCUCUGGAUCAGACUCUUUCUCGACUCCCUGUAGUGCAUGCAAUGACCGCAAGUGUAGCAAAAGAACUAGAGACUAUGGGAUACAAAUUUGCGCUUCCGGUGCAAACCAACAUGAUCGUUCUUGACCUCGAAGUAGUGGGGAUUCCUCCCGCUGCAUUUGUCGGGUACUGCAAGAACAACCUGAUUGCAGUCUUUCCAAAUGGAAGGCUAGUUUUCCAUCAUCAGACGUCACAGGAUGGGACUUUGAGGCUGCUCAAGGCUUUGAGACAGUUAAUGAGCGAUAAGGAGGCUGGUAUCCAUCUGAUAGAUGAUAGGGUGGCCGGAGGCUAUUCCUGA